AUGAAUAUCCCAUGCUCAUCACCAUUCUUUACACAACCAACCCAAGUCGUAAAACGAGGCACGCAGCCAACGCAAGUUGUCGGGCGAACUACGCAGCCAACCCAGAUUCUCGAUCGCACAACCCAGCCCACCCAAAUCAUUGGCAGGGCCACUUUACGCCCGCCUUCCUCGCCAAUCGCCCCAAGCUCACCGAGUAACACCGUCGAGGUGCCCGCCUCAUCACCAUUUCAGCCCAGAUCGGAGGCUAAAGUGUCACCCUCCGUAGGGACACAAAGAGGGGUAGCAAAUCGUCUCGGUUCUCUAAUGGCCCCAGCUGGGACUUCAUUUAGACCACCAGUGGCGCGCCCAGUUGCUAAGAUGAAGACCUACUUGACUUUGUCGGAUGAUGAAUUAAGUGAAGACUAUAAGCACCGCGACAGUUCAGGGGAUGAAUCUCCUAUGAGAGGAGAUAUCAAACCUUCUUCGUUCCUAAAAAAUGCCGCUCCCCUCGAAUCCAUUGAAACGAAGCCUUCAUGGAAGGCCAACCGUGAUAUUGAACUCAGGGACAUCCACGACGUGAGGUUACGGCACUUGACAAAAGAAGUACACAAGAUUGUAUCGAAGUCAAAGCCUUCUAUUACUAUCAAAGCUUGUCGAGAUGCCCUAACAAGUGGCGUGGGAUGGCAAGUCGCGAAGGCGGUAAAAUUACUGACGGGCAGUGCUUUGUCCAAAACGCCUAGUCAACCAAAGCAACAAACAUUACUCAAAUCAUUUAAUAGCUCCAUUGACAACUCCAACUCAACUAAUUCCCUUUCACAAAAAUCCACACAAAAGGAUUGUUCGCUUACUUCUAAUUCCACCUCUACUCCAUACUCUUCUGUAGAGUCUUCAUUCAACAAGAGCAAUCCUCUUCCCCCACGCAGGCGCUUGGUUCAGGGACGAAAGAACAGAUCACCUACACCUCCGCCCCGAAAAGCUCAAUCGCCAGUCGAGCCUGAACCUGUUGAUGUUCCAUCGGAAUCUGACCUUGAACAAACAACUGUGACCCCUACUGUUCAGCAAUCGCCACGUCACGAGCAGGUCCUCAACUAUCUUAAUUCGUGUACUGCUGAGUCACUCGCUCAGAUGACCGGUUUCUCUGCAGCAGAUUCCAAGUUGAUUAUAUCAUCUCGCCCUUUCGCUUCAGUUUUAGAUGCAGAGCGUGUGUCAAAGAAAGAGACGAAAUCCAAGACGAAGGCCAAGCGUGUUCAAAUUGGUUCCUUAUUUGUCGAAAAGUUGACCUCCUGGUUUGAAGCAUUUCAUGCAGCAUCCGAGGUGAUCAAGCAAUGCGAAGAUCGGGGUGCCAAACUACAGAAAGCCAUGGCCAAUUGGCCAAUGGAUAAGAAUGGCAAAAUCCAAAAGGAUGGUACAUUACCAAUAUCAGAGAAGCCUCGUCUCAUGGCCGAUGGUGUCACACUAAAGUCAUAUCAACUUCUUGGCUUGAAUUGGAUGAAUAUGCUUCACUCGAAACAUUUCAGCGGCAUUCUUGCAGACGAUAUGGGACUGGGCAAAACUUGUCAAGUGAUCUCUAUAAUUGCUCAUCUAGUCGGCACGUAUGAUGAGGACUCUGGCAAAACUAGACCUUGGCCCUUUCUAGUUGUCGUUCCUCCCAGUGUAUGUGAGAACUGGAUGGCUGAAUUUGAACGAUUCGCUCCGGAGCUAAGUGUUUGCCCAUAUCUAGGGAAAGAUCGGCGUAACAUGGACCCCGAAGAGGCUCGUAACAAUCAUGUGAUCUUAACCAGCUACUCUCAAGUGGAGAGGGCGAAAGAAGACCUUCGUUGGUUGCAAGAAUUGGAACCCUAUGCUGCAAUAUUUGAUGAGGGCCACAAGCUGAAGAACCGCAAGAAUCUGAUAUACAAGCAGAUGAUGCGAGUCCCAACGGAGUGGCGCUUGAUCCUUAGUGGUACCCCCGUCCAGAAUAAUCUUAAGGAACUCCUAACACUCCUGCACUUUGUGGAGCCAGAAUUAUUUGGUGCUGAGAUCUUUGAGUCGCUUGAUAUCAUCUUCGAGGCAAAAGUUCCAAGCAAAGAGAUUCACAAUUUUGCAGCGCUAGCUAAGGAGAGGGUGUCGAACGCGCGUGCAAUCAUGGCCCCGUUCAUCCUACAGCGUAGAAAAGAAGAAGUUCUCGACCUGGCGAAGAAGACCGAACACAAUAUAGUCGUGGAAAUGCAUCCUAAGCAGAAAGCCAUUUAUGACGAAAUCAAGGGGCGUUACCUUGUACCUAUGAAACAACGGGGAUCGUCCGUUGCUCAUCCCUGGAUGCAACUUCGCAAGGCAGCAAUCCAUCACCAACUUUUCCGCGUCCACUUCACUGAUAAGAUUGUCAAGGAGAUGAUUGACAUUCUAUGGGAUAGAUGUAGCGAGGAAGAGCUAUAUGUCCAAAGCAAGGCUGACCGUCACAAAGCACUCUUGCUUCAAAACUAUAUGGAGAAGUCAGACUUUCAGCUGCACCUAGAGUGCAAGCACUUCAAAAAGUACAUCGGGCAUUUUGAUAUCCCUCACCGCUCUUGGGAAGAGGGCCCUAAAGUUCAAAAACUCCUUGAACUUGUUCGUGGUUAUAUUGAGAACGGGGACCGUGUCCUUGUCUUCAGCCGAUUCGAUCUUGUCAUCGAUAUCCUUCGCGAGACAUUGGCUUUCGCCAAUAUCCAGUAUUGCGAGUUGACCGGAAGCACCGAUAUAUCCGAUCGCUUCCCUGAAAUCGAGCGAUUCAACGCCAACCCGGACAUACCAGUGUUUCUCCUAACUACGGGCGCUGGUGGUACUGGCCUAAACCUCACAGCCGCCAACAAGAUUAUCAUCUUUGACCAAUCGGACAACCCGCAAGACGACGUACAGGCAUCGAACCGCGCACACCGCAUUGGACAGACGCGGGACGUCGAGGUCAUUCGUCUUCUUACUCGGGAUUCUGUCGAGAGGCUUAUCUUCAACUCUUGCGUCAAGAAACUCAUGCUUGCCCGUAUCGUCGAGGGUAAUAUUCCUGUUGACGACGAUGCCGAGAGCGAGUCCGUCGAGCAACAAUGCCGCAAGCUCAUGCUUCUCGAGGAAGAGAACGCUGCACAAGCAGCCUCGCAGGAAGCCUGA